AUGCCUGAGAAGAAGCAGUUGAGCUCAAGCAAGUCUUACAAUAUAGCCCUUGUUUCGGACUUUUUUUACCCACAGCCAGGAGGGGUUGAACUUCAUAUAUAUCAUCUUGCACAAAAUUUGAUAGCACGAAAUCAUAGUGUCGUCAUCAUAACUCAUGCCUAUGGCGAUAGGCAAGGGAUCAGAGUUUUAACUAAUGGAUUGAAAGUUUAUUACAUUCCCUAUCUUGUUGUUCAUAGGCAAAGUACUUUCCCUUCGGUAUUUUUAGCCUUUCCAAUACUUCGUCAGAUAUUUAUAAGAGAAUCUAUUGAUAUUGUUCAUGGACAUGGCAGCUGUUCCUCUUUGUGUCAUGAGGCUAUCAUACAUGGUAAUACAAUGGGGUUGAAAACUGUGUUUACUGACCACUCUUUGUUUGGAUUUGCAGAUGUAGCUUCAAUCAUUCAUAAUAAGUUGUUAAAAUUCACACUGACUGACAUUGGACAUGUUAUAUGCGUUUCUCAUACAUGCAAAGAAAAUACGGUUAUACGUGCCAACCUAAAUCCUUCUUUUGUCAGUGUCAUUCCAAAUGCUGUUGUCCAUGAAGAUUUUGAGCCGGCUCCUGUGAGACCAUCGUUGGAUAGAAUUACAAUUGUUGUUAUCUCAAGAUUGUUUCAAAAUAAGGGUGCAGAUUUAUUGACGGCCAUUAUACCUAGGUUAUGCGCUGAUAGAGUAGACAUACGAUUUUUGAUUGCCGGUGAUGGUCCUAAAUUUAUUGAUCUAGAGCAAAUGCGUGAAAGGUAUCAACUACAAGAUAGAGUUGAACUGAUUGGAUCGAUUAGACAUGAGCAAGUUAGAGAUGUUAUGGUACAAGGCCAAAUCUACUUGCAUCCGUCAUUGACAGAGGCUUUUGGUACUGUUUUGGUGGAAGCUGCAUCUUGUGGAUUACUUGUAGUCACUACCAAUGUUGGAGGUAUUCCAGAAGUUUUACCACGUAAAAUGACUGUUUUUGCCGACCCAGACGAAGAUUCAUUGGUUGAAUCAGUUAAUAAAGCUGUCAUGAAACUGAAGGAAAACCAAGUUGACACUUCUACUUUCCAUAAUGAGAUUAAGACGAUGUAUGGAUGGGAGGAUGUUGCAAGAAGGACGGAAAAGGUAUAUGAUGAUGUUUACAAACGAGAAAAUACAUCUCUAAUUAAUAGGUUGAUUAAAUAUUAUAAUUCAGGUUCGUGGGCAGGUUUAUUAUUUGUCCUUUGUAUUGUCACAGAUAUAUUUAUACUGGGUGUGUUAGAAAUGAUUUACCCUGCAAAGAACAUUAGACUAGCCAAAAAAUGGCCAAAAAGAAAACUGAAAAGUCUAUAA